UACACGGAUCAGUUUCCAUCCUCCUCAGUCUGUUCAGAUGCGGUGCCGAGUUGGACUGGAAAGAGAUUUUUCAAUUUUCGUCCAAUCCAUCCUCACUUCGGAUUGGUCUGAGCUGAGUCCUGGGCUUAGCGCGUGUAGGAGCCUCUCGGCUGUACUGUGCUUUCGUAAACUGUCCCGCGCGAAAAACAGAAGGUGGGCAAUCUGAAUCAAAAGCGGGAAAGAUCGCUCCCGUGUGUGUGUGUGACGGAAGCGUGUGAAGAGGUAGUCGCCUGCGCAGAAGUAAAAUGACGGAGACUGACAAGCAGGUUCUGCACGUGUGUCCCUCACUGCUGCGUUGAGCACUUCUCAACAUGUCGAACUCAGCCUCGGACUUGGAGUUGGAUGAUUCAUUUCCGCUUCUCGACGAGGCAUUUGAUCUGAUAGAGCGUAACAAGGCAAGCAAUGACGAAGACAUGGACUUGGCUCUGGAGGCGUUGGAGAGCGGUAUGGGCACUUCAAUAUUUGGAUCGCUAGACCAGGAGGAGACUAAUAUGGACGGGUUUGGUCAAGUUCUAGAUCCUAGUGCUGCCAGCGGCGGUGUUGGCAGAGCAAGACCCGCACCCAUCUCUGCUACUCAGCAUGAAGAAAGUAACACCGUUGAUGAUAAGUGCACGCCUUGUCCUGGCAUGACAGCCACUGACGAUGUGAGCAGACUUCAGCAUCAACCAUUUACACUACAACAACAACAACAACAACAACAACAACAACAACAACAACAACAGCAGCAGCAGCAGCAGCAGCAGCAGCAGCAGCAACAACAACAACAACAACAACAACAACAGGCUCGGCAGCUGCAGCAGUGGCAGCAGCUGUGGCAGGAACUGUGCCGGCAAGAGCAGCUGCAUGCCACAAGACCAGCGCACCCUAGUCAACAAUUUCCAGUGCAGGCCGGAGCAGCUUGCAGACCUUCAGGCCAGGCCUUGUUUGCAGCCGGAGAGAUGAGUCUGUCCACCGGCGCUGCUGCACAGUCUGCAUUCACUUACCGUCCUGUUGCUGCUCAGGCUGCUGCUGCUGCAGCGCCUGAGGUGUACAGCACGAAUUCAGUUCAGAGUCUACAAUUAGUACCUCAAGUGGCAGAGUUGGCAGCAACUGCAACAGGAGUGACAACAUGGCCAGCACCUUUACCACUGCCACCACAACUGCCACAUGCUGCAGGAAUUUCAGAUCUGUGGCGGGCAGGAGACAGAAAUGCCGCCGAGCUGAAAGGUGCCCAGCAGCAUAGGCAACAGGUCCCUGCCUGGAGAGACUAUGAACCGGAUCCUGGCAGACGACAGGUCCCUGCCCGCAGAGAGUAUGAACCGGAUCCUGGUGUCUCUGCUCAGUUUGGCGCUAGCGUGCGUCCAAGCGGGAGCAGCUCUGAAGCAUCAGCUGCCUCAUAUAUGUCAGGCCUCGCAGGCCUCGCAGGUGAUGAAAGAGAGAAAGCGUCCAUGGACGAGGGUGUGUGCACGGGCAAGCGCGAUCAGCACAUGCUGGAUCUCAAUGCAGCACUAAGCUCAGACGACAAUACAGGGCCGCUUCAAGGCAGAGGUAUGAUCUACCAGGAGAGGCGCAGCUUACCACGCACCGCUCCUCCCCCGGCAACCAUUGUGAUUGGUCAUUCAUCCCGCAGGAACAUCACCCUAGUAAAUCCACUCGAUUGUAAAGUAAUGUUGAGCCGUCCACAUGAGUAUUUUGGCCGGAAGGUUCCACAAAAACUGUACAUUAAAUCGGGGAAACCUGCUGGAGCAAAGUCCGAGUGGUGUCAGCACAUGGAGGGGUGUGUACACGGGGAGUUCAUGAUGGUCGUGUGGAAGCGUCUUGACGAUCCACAUGAUGUGCCCAAUGGCACUCUGACUAGGCUGAAGUCCGAUGGACGCCUGGUUACAGUACCUAUUGCCGUGUUAAGACUGCAGGAGGAUUGGUCUUACUUUGAGCUGUAUCUACAUUGCCCCUGCCAACACUUCCAAUACAAGCUCUCGCAACAGUUCAUGUAUGUAAGCCAUAAGUGGCAUACAUCCGAUUCAGACCCCCAGCCCGCUAGCAAUGAUGGCAGUGGAGGCGGAGGCGGCAACGGCAGCGGCAAGCAAGGAGGAAAUGGCAGUGGCAGGAGCAGUGCCAGUGCAGGAGGAAAGUCACGCGGCGGUCAUCCACGAUCCAGAAACCAGAGCCGUAGCGGGAGAGGCGUCAGCAGAUCCAGUGGCGGCGGCAGCAGAGGCAAUCACAAAUGUGCCGUAUGUGUUGAAGGCUGUGACUGUGGCAGGGUAGUGGAGCUCCAUGGUAUGUCGGCUACAAGUGAUCAGUGCAACAAUAGCUACCAACUCUCAACUCGUAGCAAUGGCGAGUCGGAUUCAAGUGAAUCCUCGUCCGACAAUUCGUCACUGAGUGAUGAUUCAAAGUGCCAGUGCUGUCGGCAAGCAGUGCAGGACAGCGAUUCAGAUGUAAUUGCAAUGUCCAACAAUUCAGACUCAGUGGAAGGCACUAACUCCUUGACCAGCUCUGACCCUCGUGACAUCCUAUCACAAAUGGCUCGGAAACGCGGGGUUCCCGGAAGGAAGCAGGCAGUCCGGUGUGGCUUGUUCUUGGAGUCUGUCACGCAGGAUGAUACGUAUCCUCUCAUGGACUCACAACUGAUCGAAUUGCCCGAAAGCGAGCGGAGCGCUGGUGUGACGGAUGAUGGAACUCAAGCAGCCCGUGGCAGCUGCCACCUGUUUUGCAAAUGCACUAGCAACCGGCAUGCUGAGUUUGAUAAGCCCAGCAGCCUUCUGUCAUUGCUAGAGUCACUGAAUACGUCUAGUCCACUCUGUGACAUUCUCAGGUCAUGGGACAAGCCUCUACAGGUUAUUGCUGUGAUGGAUGAUACACAGCAGAACGAGAAAACCGUCGCAGACGAGGAUGGACAGAACACCACCGAGGAAAGAGCAGACUCAAAACCGGGACUUUGCUCCCUGAAUGUGUCGUUCUCGCUGGGAGAAGACAGCCUGCAGGUGGUUCUUACACUCAGUGGCUACACGUCAGACAUGCUUGGGCACUUCACGUGUUUAGGGCUCAUUGCUGCGACUGCUCUGUGUGAUGGUUUUGUGCUGCGGACUGCAGUGGCCUUGCCAGAACUAAUGAUGAGGUUGCUGGGGUCCCUGAAUUCGGCAUGGAACUUGCUGGCAAGGGGAGAGCAGGAGCUGGUCAGUGCGGACCCAUUGUUUUUCAAAGGUGUUCUGUGGAUACAAGCUGACCAGUGUUCAGACGUUGCUCAAGCACUGCUGGAUCCCACGGACAACACUGACCAGCUUGCGUACUUCUCGAACAGCCAUGUGGACACUGGACGCGGCGAAACCGAGAUCUGCACGUCACAAUACUUUGGCAGUUAUCACAAUCAGAGGUACUUCCAGGAGAGCCUGCAUCGUGUGCUGGCCUCAUUGGUGUUUGAGACUGCCGAGCUCUUUCAAUAUCAGUACAGUGGGAUGGCCGCUAAAGAGCAUGCGAACAGAUCCGACACCACAUCCAACCCGAUGACGAGAGAAAGCGGAGAAUCUGGCUACAGCUCACUGGAACAUGACGCCGAGCAGCUGGUUCCAGUUGGCAUAGACUUGAAAGAAUGGAGUGUCGUUGCACUACCCUCUGCUGGCAUACUCAUGGAUCAACAAAGAGCAAGUGUGCAGUCAAAUUCUCUCACGGAGCCGUACGCCGUUCUGGAAGACUAUCUGAAUGCGGCAAGUCGAAUGUCAUUAACCACGCGCAGUGUCGGAGAGGAUGCCCGUGACGGGUGCAGUUUCCUACUGGAGGCCGCUGCAUUUGUUGGUAGUCCUAGGAUCACACUGGACUACUGGAAGCGCCAUUUCCCUGGUGUCCUUGAUGCACAGCAGCUCAGGAUGAUCUGGGAGACAAACAGCAGCAACCGGCGGGACUCCAUAACGCCCGGCUCCGUUCAUGCUGUUCUGCAGAAGGCCAGAGUGGGUCGAAAAUGCCGCUGCUACGUGAUUGCUCAACUCCCGGCUGACACGGACGAUGAUGCGGCGCAGCGUAUCAUGCGACGCGUCAUUCAAGUGGCGCCCGUCGUUCAUGUCCUGCAGUCUGCUUGUGCCACGGAAGCUCUGAAGAGGUUACAGCAGAAUAGCUGUGCGUGUGGCGCGCUGACCGAAAGCAGUGCACCGGUGAAAGCUCACAUUUGGCUUUCUACGCAGGGUAGGUCUUUGGAGAAACCUACUGACUCCCAAGUGUGGUGUGAUGAUGAUGAUGGCAACGGUGAGGAUGGUGAUGGUGAUGAUGGUAAUAUUGAUGAUGGCGGCAAUGCUGAUGAUGGCGGCAAUGCUGAUGAUGGUGACGGUGGUAGUGUUGGUAGCGGAGGCAGUGAUGAGUGCAUAGCUCUAGGCAAGCCGUCAGCUUCCCAUCAUCCUAAGGCGAAUGAUAGUCGGAGCACAGGUCGGAGCAGCACAGGUCGGACGCCGAUUGUAUUUACUGUGCACAGUGAUGUUGUGGGGGGUAUGCUGGCCACUCAUCCCUCCAACCUUCUCCAACAAGUCAACAAAACACCAGAGGAGUUGCUCCAUGAUAUGAUACUGGCCGGUUCUUUGACAGAGCUGAGACUGAUGACAAACAGCGUACCUGCAGCUCCAGUGAUCGCUGACUGCCCUGGCAUGAAGGGUCAGCACGCGAGUGACACCAGUCCUACCACUGAAGACAGCCAAGCCGAAGUGCUUCAUGCUUGGCAAUCCAUGUGUGACUUGAGCCCAUUGGAGAAGCUCCUUGCAGCAUGGAACGGGCCAGUGCGUGUCGUACUGAUCCAGCCUGCCCCUGGUGCUACUGAACAGAGUUUCACAAACCAAUUGCUUUCGGGUGUGUUUUGUUCCCAGUGUGAGCAGCCGGAGCACCACCAACAUACGCCUGCCAAGCCCACGGUACAGAGCCCGGUAGGUGAUUGUGAUAAGGAUGAUCCAGCUGCACAGUUCUUGGUUUCAACAGCAGUUUACAAAGGAUUGCUGCACAUUCUACUUGAGAUGAGGCCACUGGAAUGGGUACAGCUGGACAACUGCCGGCUUUCACCAGCAUGCACAAGACUUCUGCUUGCUGCCAUAUCUCUUGGCAAUGUGCUGCAACUUACAACCCCAUCAUCUGAUAUUGCACUGGCGCUCGACUCGUUUGGAAAAUCUCUAUUCUCUAGCUUGGAACACCUGCCCAUCUUAUCCAAUGCCAAGCAGCUGUUCCAGGCAAGGCUGUUGGUGAUGGCAGAGACGCAAGAUGGUAUGCAGACUGAUUUAGAUGAGACACUGAGUUCUCCGGCACGCGCAGCACUGAACACCCUCUUUUCUGAGGUGGUGGUGAGCUAUUCAACCGACACAUGCUGCGUGUGGCCCUCGCUCCUGGGCGCAACAGGUACAGAUACCGCCGUCCUGUUUAGGCCUGAUGCGGGCACAGCUGCGGGAAAGGAUAGCUCUCCUUUCACUGCCAGAGCAUUGCUGCAAACAUCUGCCUCGGAGCAUGGAUGUUACUUGAAUGGCCGCGCGUUUCUAGAUCACCUGAACUUGGCUCUGGCGACGGACUUUUCUUCUAUGCCAGUGAUGUCUUGUGUAGAUGGGUUGAGAUUACUGAGUCAACACCAGCAGCUUGCACUGGCAUUCCUACAACACUUCCUCAUCAAUGGCAUGGAGAAGGAAUAUGAUGGAGACUGGUCAGUGGCAAAAGUCGACUCUCACCAAUGGAAUCAUGAUCUACCCACAAAACUCUCCCUGAGCGUGGUCGAGUCAAACUCUCUCCUGAAAUCAGUACGUGCCUGCAUUGCCGAAGCAUCCAGAAAAGAAGGCAAGACCGCCUCUGAACUGGAGCUGUUUAAUGCGGCUCGGAAGAUGCUGGAUGAGAUUGUAAAUCGACGCUGCAGUGCUGCUCAGAGGCUGCUCACAAUGCCGCAAUCAGUAGCAUACGCCAGCAGUGAUGGCGACCGGCUCCUGUUUCAAACUGCAAUUGACGACUUCCGUGCCAAGUGGGAAUCCUGCGGUGAAGACUGUGCACAGUGCGCCCAUCCUUGCCUGCAGUUACGUGAACACCAUGGUCCCUGUGACUGCCUGAAAGGAGUCCAUCGCUGCAAGGCUGAGUGUUCGCUAGUGCUAUAUCACGGCGAUGGUGAUGAUGGAGCGGGAUACAAACCAUGCAGGCUUGCGUGCAUCAUGAAACAUGAUGCACAGGAUGAGCAGUGCGAGCAUCAUGCUGGUGUGGCCCACGCAUGCGAGGACACGGCGAGACCGCUGCGCCACCGCUGUCCAGAACGCUGUUCUGAAUGGCCGGCACGCAACUGCCAUGGCCAUUGCGCACUGGUGUGCCGGCAUGAGGGCAGUCAUCAAUGCGAGAUCCCGGCUGCUAAUCAUCUGUGCAAUAAGCGCUGUGAACUGUAUCAUGUUUCUGCUACAACUACCAGUGGAGACCAUCAUCCAGCCGAAGGCCCGGUAAUGUGUGCCAAGCAGUUCAACCAUGAUGGCGGCCACCACUCUUGUGGUGAGGCACACAAAUGCAGCCAUAUGUGCAGCCAGGAUGGGGUAUGCUUGGUUGCGGAUAGUCCUGCAGAGAUCCAGGAUGCUGCUGUUCAGAUACCAGCUAGAAAGGACGGUUACAGACUGUCUUGUAAUCGGAUGCUACCAGCUGGAACGACGAAUCAUGUUGGCAGUCAUUCAUGUGGUGGCAUCCACCAAUGCCCGGUUACUUGCCCGCUUUGCCAGCAUUUCUGCUGCAGACCUGUUGGACAUGCUGGUCUUCACGCUGUCAGCAAGCAUGGUCGAGUCGUCCAGUCCGGAUCGGUAGUGCUAAACGGCUCAGGGCAGAUUUGUCUGCAAGCCGACGAGCAGCAUCUCAAUUGUAGUGAGCUCUGCCAGGUUGCUGGCCGCGGGCACGUGCACAGCCUCCCAGAUCUUGCUGAGUUACAUUUAGUCGAUGCGGACGUGCCCACAAUCAAUCCCGUUUCUCACAGCGACUUCUGGAAACAUCUCAGCUUUGAGGAUCCAUGCUCUGAAGCUGAGUGUCAGGACUUCGACUGCUGUCCUGCCAUUUGCCCUGCAUGCAAACAGGCCAAUGGCAGGGACACGUUUUGCCAGCUGCAGCUGUUUCAUGCACCCUUUGCUGGCCAGCUUGCCGCUGAUCAAUUUGGCUAUGUCAGCCAUGCCCGUGACUCACCAACUCCAUCGAGCGCUGGGCAUGUCUUCAUGUGUUCGGAACACGAGUGUGCUACUAGGUGUGCCUUCUUGGACAACAACCAUCCCUGCGAGAGAAAGUGCAGACAGCAUCUGGGUCACGAGGAGAGCUGCUCCUGUGGCCAAUACCACCAGUGCGGCUCGCAGUGCAUGGCUGCUGGUUGCAGCCAACCAUGUGCCGAGUCGAGUGAAUCGCGGCACACGUGCCUCUGCUCUGAAGCCACCUGCCAGCACGCGUGCAGUGCGAGUAUGUGUAUGUCCGUGUGCAGUUUACCACAUGGGCACUCUACUGGACAGCCACAUCAGUGUGCAGAAGAGCACGCAUGCGAGGCGAUGUGCUCGCAGCAAGGACGGUGUGCAAUGGGUGACAAUGCCGGGUGGACUGGUAGCGGCACGCUGAAAGCAGAAAGGCAAGGGACUCGAAGUCAACCGCAGCCCCGCCAGAAGUGCAAGAAGCGCAGUCACACUGCAGAUAGUUCUGCACAUGAUGAACACGACUGCGGCAGUCAGCAUUUGUGCAACGAGUCGUGUCCACUUUGCGACUGCGUUUGUUCAUUGCCCUCUGGGCACAGCUCAUCGCACAGGACUGCUCACGGCGACAUCACAGACUACAGAGCAAUUCUCGGCAUUGAUGCGGAUGGCAAGCGCUUCACCCUGAGCAGAUCACUGCCCUGCCCUGAACUACACACCAUCCUGAACCUAGUUCAGGUUUGCAGCAUUCUGGUACACAAUGAGAAGCCAUCACUGUGGUGGCUGGGAAAGUAUAACAUCACGCCACUGUCCUAUGCAAACAUAAUGGAGCUUGUCAGUGGCCACUCACACAAACUGCCGCCGAUAGUUGAUGAUGGAGCACCUGGCAGCUGUAAAAUGUUCUGUGGCAUUGAUGACGAGGAAGAUGGUCGAGUGUCAUGGCACCUUCGAGAAACUGGUAACACAUUGUCAGACGACGAUGGAGCAACACACUGUAGAAUCUCUUACAGUGAAAUUGCCGACUCAGUGCUGCAGCUACAAGAAGAGGACGAUUUCCGUGGGUCGUGCACGAGUCCGCUGCUGCAGUUCUACUUUGAGCACUUUGACAAGUUGGGUCUGGUGAAGCAGCAGCCAUUGCGCGUCCGCAUGGACCAGCGCAUGCGAGAGCGGUAUCAGCACAGGCGCCUGGACAUUGGCGAGCGCGACGGUCUGUACAACGAGGUAGCAUGCAAGCAGCUCGAGGCCAGGGGCCUCAUGGUGGAUGUGUCUGACUAUCAGCUUAAGAGCAGACACUGGUUGAGGAGAAACGCGAGAUCUGUGCGUGCUGGCACCUACUAUACAUCGUCGGCCAUUGUCAGCUCCAUCACGGGUGGCCCUGUUGCCAGCACAAGUGCUCUCCUGGGAUCGACUUACACAGGGCACAAGUGCUCUGGAUUGCUGUCCGCAACGCACCAGCCCACCGCACCGGGUGUCGAUCAACACAACGUCCCUGUCAUUCCUACUGGCGAGAACAAUUGCAAUUGCUCUGAUGCCAAUCAACACAAUUGCUCUGCCAUUCUUUCCGAGGAGCACCAUUGCUCAAACUCAGACGAGCGCCAUCAAGAAGAUGGUUCUGGGAAGAGCAAUCGCCUCACCAAGCUGUCCCGCGCAAUCUCUCAAGAAUAUCUAUCUAAAACUCUCAAACCUAGCCUGGAAGAUGCAACAUGUUCUGGGCUGGACUUGAGUUGUCCACCAUGGAAUAGCUCACAGUCUCCAACAACCUAUGCCAAUGUGCAGGAUGGCAGUCCGAGUGAGGAGCAUUUGUGCCGGGCAAGUUGCCCACUUUGUCUCGAGAAAUGUCAUCUUGAAUUCGGCCAUGCCUCGUCACACCAGACCGUCCACGCGCAUGCACAGCCCAGCGAGCUGGUAUCAAUAAUGAGUGCUGAGGGGAAGCAGUUGGACUUUGACGACAGGCACUCGUCAUCGUGUGACGAGAUCUGUAAUCGUGCCGGUCCUGGCCAUGUUCACGUCUUCGGUCAGUGCCCUGGUGACGCACUGUGUACUGUGGACCAAUGGCGAGUUAGACAUGCCAAGCCUGGAUGCACUGCUGUCAGCUCUGCCGUAUCGCAGAGAGACCUGCAUGUCAUGUCGCACGAAACCUACUGGAGCAUGGCGUGCUUCAAAGAUCCCUACACACCCGAGCAAGUCCAGCGUUUCCAGUCAUGUAGUGUUGUGUGCCCUGAAAAACAUCAUCAUCAGGUGGACAGUGUGCCCAGGUGUGCUGGGGAAAUGUGGCACGAGUCGUUCACAAAAGCAGCUGGUCUUGGCCAUCUUGUGUGCAAGAAGGAUAAGUGGGCCACGGGAAAGACAGACUUGGUGUUCCACUUCUUCAAGGACGACCAUCACCCGUGUUCGAAAACGUGCACCGUGACGUCCGGAUGCAACGGACCGUGCAGCAAGCAACUGGGCCACAGCUGUUCCCGGCAGUGUGCUGAGGACUGUGCUGGCGCGGGAGAUAGCAACCAUGUGCAGGGUGCAAUCAUCCACGAUUGUGGGAGAAAACAUAAAUGUGAGAUGCUGUGUCAGAUGGCAGGCAAAUGUUCAGUUGAAGAACCGACUGAUCUAUACCGGUCUGGAUCUAAAUGGGAACGGCAGCGUUGUGGCAUAGUAAUCCCGGUUGGUAAGCUGUGUCACUGUGAGCACCAACACCACUGUAGUUCAGAACAUACAUGCACGGCAACGUGUGGUCUGUGCAAACACGCCUGCCAGAAGCCCUACUCUCACGCAGGUCUCUGUCGAGUCAAGCAUGGCCGCAUCAAACAGAGCCAGAGCGCGACGGUCAGAACUUUGCGAGGCGCCUUGGUGUCGGCUGAGCACGCUCGGGACCUGACCUGUGACAUGCUCUGUGAUCACGCCGGCCCCUCUCAUGUUCACCUUGUCCCCACUGAAGAUGCAAAGCAUGCGCAACGCCAUCAGUGCCGGGAGCAUGAUUCGCAGAGAUUCGAGCCAAUGCAGGAGGUCUCUCACUCAGUGUUCUGGCAAUCAAUCAUGAAGGUGGAAGAUCCAUACGAUGGAACAGAUGUCCAAGCCGAGUUCUCAAGGUGUCCAGUCCAGUGUAGCAGUGAGUGUCAUGACGUGGACGAUGAUCCAGUUUACUGUGAUGCUGGCCUUUUCCACGACUGUUUGCACCCAGAGGAUUUCACUGGCCAGCGUGGAUACGUGUCAACAGAGAGACAUGGUAAUGGUAUUGCAGGACACCACUUCCCGUGUGUUCAUCGCUGUGGCUUGAGUUGCCAAGCCAGGAUUGACAAGGCAGAGUGCACCCGACCUUGCAGUUUGUCAGCUGGUCAUGAUACUGCCAAGCAGUGCGUGUGCGAUGAAGGGAGACAUCGCUGCGGCCAGCCUUGCGAGAACAUCACCUGCGCAUUGCCUUGUGAGCUGGACUCAACCACACCUCACCUGCGCCACUGGUGCAAGGAAGACAUUUGUCCUGGGAGUUGCGGUGGAUGUGCCAAGCCAUGCUCUCUGGGGCACUUCCACCCUGGCCGCGAUUGUGUGUGCAACGGCCAGGACCACUGCCUGCAGCAGCAGCUUCACUAUGACCUUCACCGCCCAGAGUCUGAGAGUAGUAAAUUGAUGAGGAAUGAUGACCCUGUGCCGGCAAAGACCAGUCAGCUAACACCACUGAUGCUGAGUGGCUUGUAUGCAAGCGACAACGACUCCCAUCAUCCUGUUCGCUGUACAUUCACAUGCAGGCAUUCUAGCCAUGCAGGUAGUGGCACAGAUCAGCAGUGUUGGCGUGACUGGCUACAUCCCAAGGAGCUAGAUUUCCCCGUGCCAGAUGGCUACAGGCAGAGCAAACGAGGCUGCUUGUUCCGUUGCGAGCACCGCUGCGAGAGGCGAUGCGCGUUUGAGAGUGCAAGCCGGGACUGCGCGCAGUACUGCGCAUCGGCAUACGACCAUCGCGGACAAUGCCAGUGCGAGACAGUGGAGCACCGUUGCAAGGAGACGUGUUCUGCGUGCACCUCACUCUGCGCGGUUCUGCUGGAAUCGCGCAUGCCACUGCACACGCACAGCUGCAUGGAGAACAAGCAGUGCCAAUGGCAGUGCGAGUUUACACACGAUGCAGCUGACCAGUGCGUGACGUGCACCAAACGUUGUGCAAAAGAGCACCACCAUGUGGCAGCUGCAGAUGAUGCUACACACAGCUGUGAACAGCAUCAGUGUGAAAAAGGAGCAGCAGCCGUCUCAUUAACCGCGUCAAGCCGAGAGAACGUCUUUGAUGAAUACUUCAAUGGCGAAAAAGCUCAUUCUAGAGAGGGCUUGGGAAGGCAACUGCGUCUGGUACUGGCAGAGCUGAAAGAUGACCUCUGUCAAGCAUUGGGCAAGGAUGUGGAUAAUAUUGUUGACCAUCUUGUUGUGUAUGGAGUCCUGGACUGCACGAGUGAUUUCCAUGCUCGCAUUCGUCACAGCAGGCUGCCAAGCAAAGAACGUGUGAGCGAGCUACUGCGACAGUUAGCAUACUUGUCAAUGGACAAUGACACCACAAAACUCAAUGGAUUUGUUCGUGCACUGAACAGCCUGGGCUUUCCGGAAGUUGCCAAGCAGAUUAAAACCAGAAUGAAGGAGCUUGAAAUAGAAGAUGAUGUGCAGCUACGCGAGACCCUGGACUGGAGAUCACCUUCAGCUGUGGAGAGAGUCACAAGCGAUGUGAAGGAAUGCUCUGUCAUGAAAUGUGUGGACAGGUACAAGCGUCACUUGUUGAGUCUGUGCAAGAAGGAGAGGUUGAAACCUGCCGUGCCAUGGAUCGACAGUUCUGACACAGAAUGCACAUCGACGUGCAAUUUCCGUAUCCGUGCACUGCCUCAUGCACAUCAUAUUGACAGAGGUCUAGACUGCACCGGAGUGAGUGACACAAGCUGCAAACCAUUGGCAGCAUUCCCGCUGAUAGAACCCCUGCAGCUUCUUCUGAACGAGCCACAGUCGUACAAUCCAAAACUUGAAGUAGCACCACUGCGCUCUGCGUUUGUGAGUAGCUGUAUGGUGAUGUCAGAGGCAGGCACUGGCAUAACUACCCUAUGCCAACAUCUACUCGCCAGCUACACGACACAGCCACCGGGACACAUAACAAAACACUUUCCGAUGCCCGUUUACAUUCCGUGUCGCAAUGUGGACCGCUUCAACUCCAAGGACUGGUCAGAAUUUCUUGGUGUCAACUCAAUGACGUUGUCCGGUCCAGAACAGCAGUCAGUGGUAGACUACCUGUUGCAUAACUCUGAUCAGGUGCUGUUGAUCAUUGAUGGCUUGGAUGAAGCUGGGAGCAUGCCAUCAGAAGACAGUGCAUUGAGCGCUGUGCUAAGGAAGACAGCAUUGGAGGAGGCCGCUGUAGUGAUAACAAGUCGCCCGUACCAAGCCGCAUCAGACCUUGCAACCCAGUGCUCCAAUCGGUAUAGCUUGGCUGGAUUCACGGGCAAGCAGCUUCAGCAGUUCGUCCUGAAACAGUUGGGAUGUGAAAUUGGUGCAAAGUGUGUUGGUGCACUUUCAGCUCGGCCGCUUGGUUACCUAAAAGAGGCAAUCUGCAAAAACCCAUUGUUUGCCGCGAUGUUAUGUGAGAUGUACGAGUGGACGGAUGACAUUCCCAGCAGUGUGACAACUUUGUAUACGCAGUAUAUACAGCAUGCAGUGCAGACCUUCAAGCAAAAGGAAAGACUACAACAUGGGUAUGCUGGCAAAGGCCAAGACAAACGAUGCAGUGAAGAUGCACCGGAAUCGCAGAAAACUGCCGACAAGGAUUACCUGCUUUCGCCGCAGUCCGAAUUCUCUACCACCAAGGACGAACCCCCAGCCAAUUUGCUUGCAGAACUGGGAGCGCUUGCAUUCGAGCUGUUAUGCCAUCGCAGGCCCGUGUUCCCCAUUGACUUCUCAGCACAAACACUCAGGAUUGCACAGCGUAUGGGCAUAUUGGUUACCUGCGACAUGGAAACAUGCAACAGUGCACCUUUAUGGUGGUUCAGUCAUCUGACGGUACAGGAGUAUCUAGCUGCACGCUUCGUCUGUAGUGCGGCAGCACCACCCAAUGCAAUGGAACAGUGUACAGACGUGAUUGGCACCGAUGAGAAUACCUGGAGUUUCUGGACGUUUGUCUGUGCCAUGGUGAACACCAACCAACUGCUAGAAGUCGUAUCGCUACUCAGCACACGGGAAAAGUGUAAAUUCAAAUCAAAUCGGUCUGCUGAGAAGACGUUUAGACGGUUUCUAGCAACAUCCCUGCAGGAACAUCAGUUUUAUCAUGCCAUCCGAGACCCGGCUCAGCUCCAAAGAAUCUUGACAAGGACCGAACGGAUGCAUACAAUGCAAGUCUUUCACCGGGACACCGACAUCGUGAAAGUGAGCCAUCUGGCAAACUCUCCGGGACAGGUAGACUGUAGAGUUGGUGAACGACUGUGUCUGGCUGAAUCUCCACAGUGCAUAACAGUGCCAUCACUCCUUCACACUAACAGGACAGGCAGCAGUUCACCUGUCCGAAUUGACAUGAUGGGUGACGAAUCACUCCUUCACAUUAACAUUGCUGGUGACAAGUCGAUCCUUUACCUAAACAUCACUGGUGACAAGUCCAUCGUUCACAUUAACACUGCUGGUGACAAGUCAAUCGUUUACCUUAACAUCACUGGUGACAAGUCAAUCGUUCACAUUAACGUUGCUGGUGACAAGUCACUCGCCCACGUUAACAUUACUGGUGACAAGUCACUUCUUCAUAUUAACAUAAAGGACAGCAAGUCACUCGCCCAUGUCAACAUGACGAGCAGCAAGUCACGUAUGGAUAUCAAUAUGAUGGGCAACAACCUCCAUAUGAGCCCAAUAAGUCAUCUUGCCAUGCUACGUCAGCAGGCGAUGGAUGUGAAGCUACUCCAAUGCAGCCGCUACUUGUCAAUGUGUCAAUGUGAUGGAUUAACGGCCGGGCUGGUCGGUGAUGAAAUCAAUGCUGGUUUUGCUACCAUCGGUUGUUAUCGCACCAGCAUGUCUGACAGGUAUGCUGGAUCUCUGUACCACGCACUUCAGAGUUGCUGUCAUAUCAAGGUCCUGGUAUUGAAUGAUAACAAGAUUUCAUCUGAUGGCAUUGAACAGGUUUUACUUGAAGUACAAGCAGGCGCUUUGCCGCACACUUGGCUUUCAACACCUACGUGUCGCCAGGACUUUGUUAGAUCCGCGCACAGCGGCGCACACAGAUGCCAACCCUGCACGUACAGCUUGGACAACAGGAGCGCUCCGAUGGCACAGAGUUCAAAGGACCACACGGCCAUUUAUCGGCAGGGCCAAUCAAAGCUCGCUGCAGGGCUACGCAUGGUGAACAUGGAUACGUUGCUCAGUGUCCGGUCUGCGCUGGGCUGCACGGAUGACGGGCCGGCUGACAAGACAGGAGCAAACACAAGCUUACCUCAUCCAGUAGAGAAACCCAGCAACAUCCGCAGCUGAAGAUACGCGAUAACAGUUAUCGGACAGUCAAGAACCUAGCAGCUCUGCAAUCUAACACGAAGUUGUGAUAUUCGUUUCUAACCAGACACCAUAUCCCAGGGCACUAGUAUACGCCAGGGUUAAUGGUUUCACGCAAUUAGCUUUGUGAGUGCAUGCAUACACCAGGGACUACUGAUAUUACAUACAUUCAUGUAUCAUGUCGUUUUCAUGUGAUCCUCUCCAACAAUGUCAACGCAUUCAUUUUGUUGAUGUUGCAUGAUGCCUUUUCAUUGGUCUAAUAGCCCUCGUUCCAUUCAACAUGUGUAGUGCUCGCAGCACAGAGUAGGGGCUAGGGACAAAACUCGGGCAUGUGUAUUGCAUACGUACGUGUAAGUAUGCGUCGUAUGCGUGCUUGUAUCCAUGCUUAGCGCAUGUCCAAUUUAAACGUACGCGUCCGUUGCAGAGACGACUUUCUUGUCUGCAUGGCUCAUGAUGUAUACAUGUAUUUGCAGCUUUUCGUGGUGUUACAAUGUUCUGCCUUGUAAACUCCCAGCAGGAGUGCACUCCAUCCCGCUCCACCCAUGGCGGUCUAGUCCAGCCAUGCUAAAUUGCUUAUUGGCUCCACAGCAACGACUGAGAAAAGGUAAAAUCAAAAAGAAUAGUUUGCAUCUCCUACAAUCAUCUUGCUGCUUUUUGCUGUCUGCAGUGAUUCCAUGCCAGGGUUACGGCUGCUGGUUAGCUUUGCUUUGCUGCAUGUGUAAACUUUAGUGUGUUUGUUCCGCAUGACAUUGUAUUAAAAGUGUCAGAAAGUGCUGACCUUUCAAUAGAAUGGCAUUGGGGUAGUUUGCGCACCGUGUGUUAUGUGUCAUGGUUUCAACUAACACUUCUCAAUUUGCUGAUCAUCUAUACCGCUCACCAUUCUUAUGAGGAGUGGUAAAAUACCGGUAUUUUACUACUCUCUGAUUCUUAUAACUCUUCUGUAUCCAUACUGCAUCACACUGCUAUGAUGUUCGUGCACUUUGUAA